AUGGCGUCGGGCCUGGGUUCCCCGUCCCCCUGCUCCGCGGGCAGCGAAGAGGAGGACAUGGAUGCACUUUUGAACAACAGCCUGCCCCCACCCCACCCAGAAAACGAAGAGGACCCAGAAGAGGAUUUGUCAGAAGCAGAGACUCCAAAACUCAAGAAGAAAAAGAAACCUAAGAAACCUCGGGACUCUAAAAUCCCUAAGAGCAAGCGCCAAAAAAAGGAGCGUAUGCUCUUAUGCCGGCAGCUAGGGGACAGCUCUGGGGAGGGGCCAGAGUUUGUGGAGGAGGAAGAAGAGGUGGCUCUGCGUUCAGACAGUGAGGGCAGCGACUAUACCCCUGGCAAGAAGAAGAAAAAGAAGCUUGGACCCAAGAAAGAAAAGAAAAGCAAAUCCAAGCGGAAGGAGGAAGAAGAGGAGGAUGAAGAUGAUGAUGAUUCGAAGGAGCCUAAAUCAUCUGCUCAGCUUCUGGAAGACUGGGGCAUGGAAGACAUUGACCAUGUGUUCUCAGAGGAGGAUUAUCGCACCCUCACCAACUAUAAGGCCUUCAGCCAGUUUGUCCGACCCCUCAUUGCUGCCAAAAAUCCCAAGAUUGCUGUCUCCAAGAUGAUGAUGGUUUUGGGCGCGAAGUGGCGGGAGUUUAGCACCAACAACCCCUUCAAAGGCAGUUCUGGGGCUUCGGUGGCAGCGGCAGCGGCAGCGGCAGUGGCUGUGGUGGAGAGCAUGGUGACGGCUACUGAAGUGGUGCCGCCGCCUCCCCCGCCAGUGGAGGUGCCGAUCCGCAAGGCCAAGACCAAGGAGGGCAAAGGUCCCAAUGCUCGGAGGAAGCCCAAAGGCAGUCCUCGUAUACCUGAUGCCAAGAAGCCUAAACCCAAAAAAGUGGCUCCCCUGAAAAUCAAGCUGGGAGGUUUUGGUUCUAAGCGUAAGAGAUCCUCGAGUGAGGAUGACGACUUAGAUGUGGAAUCGGACUUCGAUGAUGCCAGCAUCAACAGCUACUCUGUUUCCGAUGGUUCCACCAGCCGUAGCAGCCGCAGCCGCAAGAAACUUCGAACUACUAAAAAGAAAAAGAAAGGCGAGGAGGAGGUGACUGCUAUGGAUGGUUAUGAGACAGACCACCAGGACUAUUGCGAGGUGUGCCAGCAAGGCGGCGAGAUCAUCCUGUGUGAUACCUGUCCCCGAGCCUACCACAUGGUGUGCCUGGACCCGGAUAUGGAGAAGGCGCCGGAGGGCAAGUGGAGCUGCCCACACUGUGAGAAGGAAGGCAUCCAGUGGGAGGCUAAAGAUGAUAAUUCGGAGGGUGAGGAGAUCCUGGAAGAAGUUGGGGGAGACCCUGAAGAGGAGGAUGACCACCAUAUGGAAUUCUGUCGGGUCUGCAAGGAUGGCGGGGAACUGCUCUGCUGUGACACCUGUCCUUCUUCCUACCACAUUCAUUGCCUCAACCCCCCGCUUCCAGAGAUCCCCAAUGGCGAGUGGCUCUGUCCCCGUUGCACGUGUCCAGCUCUUAAGGGCAAAGUCCAGAAGAUCCUAAUCUGGAAGUGGGGUCAGCCACCAUCUCCCACACCAGUGCCUCGCCCUCCAGAUGCUGAUCCCAAUACUCCCUCCCCUAAGCCCUUGGAGGGGCGCCCAGAGCGACAGUUCUUUGUGAAAUGGCAAGGCAUGUCUUACUGGCACUGCUCCUGGGUGUCUGAACUGCAGUUGGAGCUGCACUGUCAAGUGAUGUUCCGAAACUAUCAGCGGAAGAAUGAUAUGGAUGAGCCACCUUCUGGGGAUUUUGGUGGUGACGAAGAGAAGAGCCGAAAGCGAAAGAACAAGGACCCUAAAUUUGCAGAGAUGGAGGAACGCUUCUAUCGCUAUGGGAUAAAGCCUGAGUGGAUGAUGAUCCACCGAAUUCUCAACCAUAGUGUGGACAAGAAGGGCCACGUCCACUACUUGAUCAAGUGGCGGGACUUGCCUUAUGACCAGGCAUCCUGGGAGAGUGAGGAUGUGGAGAUACAGGACUAUGACUUGUUCAAGCAGAGCUAUUGGAAUCACAGGGAGUUAAUGAGGGGUGAAGAAGGGCGACCAGGCAAGAAGCUCAAGAAGGUGAAGCUAAGGAAGUUGGAGAGGCCUCCUGAAACUCCAACAGUUGAUCCAACAGUGAAGUAUGAGCGACAGCCAGAGUACCUGGAUGCCACAGGUGGAACCCUGCACCCAUAUCAAAUGGAGGGCUUGAAUUGGUUGCGCUUCUCCUGGGCUCAGGGCACAGAUACCAUCUUGGCUGAUGAGAUGGGCCUUGGGAAAACUGUCCAGACAGCAGUCUUUCUGUAUUCCCUCUACAAGGAGGGUCAUUCCAAAGGCCCCUUCCUAGUGAGUGCCCCUCUUUCUACUAUCAUCAACUGGGAGCGGGAGUUUGAAAUGUGGGCUCCAGAUAUGUACGUGGUGACUUACGUGGGUGACAAAGACAGCCGGGCCAUCAUCCGAGAGAAUGAGUUCUCUUUUGAAGACAAUGCCAUUCGUGGUGGCAAGAAGGCCUCUCGCAUGAAGAAAGAGGCAUCUGUGAAGUUCCAUGUGCUGCUGACGUCCUAUGAGCUGAUCACCAUUGACAUGGCUAUCUUGGGCUCUAUUGACUGGGCCUGCCUCAUUGUGGAUGAAGCCCAUCGGCUCAAGAACAACCAGUCUAAGUUCUUCCGGGUCUUAAAUGGUUACUCACUCCAGCAUAAGCUGUUGCUGACUGGGACUCCAUUACAGAACAACCUAGAAGAGCUAUUUCAUCUGCUCAACUUUCUCACCCCUGAGAGGUUCCACAAUUUGGAAGGCUUCUUGGAGGAGUUUGCUGACAUUGCCAAGGAGGAUCAGAUUAAAAAACUGCAUGACAUGCUGGGGCCUCACAUGUUGCGGCGGCUCAAAGCUGAUGUGUUCAAGAAUAUGCCAUCCAAGACAGAGCUGAUUGUGCGUGUGGAACUGAGCCCUAUGCAAAAGAAAUACUACAAGUAUAUCCUCACUCGAAAUUUUGAAGCACUCAACGCUCGAGGUGGUGGCAACCAGGUCUCUCUGCUGAACGUGGUGAUGGAUCUUAAGAAGUGCUGCAACCACCCGUAUCUCUUCCCCGUGGCUGCAAUGGAAGCCCCUAAGAUGCCUAAUGGCAUGUAUGAUGGCAGUGCCCUAAUCAGAGCGUCUGGGAAACUAUUGCUGCUGCAGAAGAUGCUCAAGAACCUUAAGGAGGGUGGGCACCGUGUACUCAUCUUCUCUCAGAUGACCAAGAUGCUAGACCUGCUAGAGGAUUUUUUGGAACAUGAAGGUUAUAAAUAUGAACGUAUUGAUGGUGGAAUCACUGGGAACAUGCGUCAAGAAGCCAUUGACCGCUUCAACGCACCGGGUGCUCAACAGUUCUGCUUCUUGCUUUCCACUCGAGCUGGGGGUCUUGGGAUAAAUUUGGCCACUGCUGACACAGUCAUUAUCUAUGAUUCUGACUGGAACCCCCAUAAUGACAUUCAGGCCUUUAGCAGAGCUCAUCGUAUUGGGCAAAAUAAGAAGGUGAUGAUCUAUCGGUUUGUGACCCGUGCGUCAGUGGAGGAGCGUAUCACGCAGGUGGCAAAAAAGAAGAUGAUGCUGACGCAUCUAGUGGUUCGGCCUGGGCUGGGCUCCAAGACUGGAUCCAUGUCCAAACAGGAGCUUGAUGACAUCCUCAAGUUUGGCACUGAGGAAUUAUUCAAGGAUGAAGCCACAGAUGGAGGAGGAGACAACAAAGAGGGAGAGGAUAGCAGUGUUAUCCACUAUGAUGAUAAGGCCAUUGAACGACUACUGGACCGUAACCAGGAUGAGACUGAAGACACAGAAUUGCAGGGCAUGAAUGAAUAUUUGAGCUCAUUCAAAGUGGCCCAAUAUGUAGUGCGGGAAGAAGAAAUGGGGGAGGAAGAGGAGGUAGAACGGGAAAUCAUAAAACAGGAAGAAAGUGUGGAUCCUGACUACUGGGAGAAAUUGCUGCGGCACCAUUAUGAGCAGCAGCAAGAAGAUUUGGCCCGAAAUCUGGGCAAAGGAAAAAGAAUCCGUAAACAGGUCAACUACAAUGAUGGCUCGCAGGAGGACCGAGAUUGGCAGGACGACCAGUCCGACAACCAGUCCGAUUAUUCAGUGGCUUCAGAGGAAGGUGAUGAAGACUUUGAUGAACGUUCAGAAGCUCCCCGCAGGCCCAGUCGCAAGGGCCUGCGGAAUGACAAAGAUAAACCAUUGCCUCCUCUGUUGGCCCGUGUGGGUGGGAAUAUUGAAGUACUUGGUUUUAAUGCUCGGCAGCGAAAAGCCUUUCUUAAUGCAAUUAUGCGAUAUGGGAUGCCACCUCAGGAUGCUUUUACCACUCAGUGGCUUGUGAGAGAUCUACGAGGCAAGUCAGAGAAAGAAUUCAAGGCUUAUGUCUCUCUUUUUAUGCGGCAUUUAUGUGAGCCAGGAGCAGAUGGGGCUGAGACCUUUGCUGAUGGUGUCCCCCGAGAAGGCCUGUCUCGCCAGCAUGUUCUUACUAGGAUUGGUGUCAUGUCCUUGAUUCGCAAGAAGGUUCAGGAAUUUGAGCAUGUUAAUGGGCGCUGGAGUAUGCCUGAACUCGCUGAAGUAGAGGAAAACAAGAAAAUGUCCCAACCAGGGUCACCUUCCCCAAAGACACCUACACCCUCUACUCCAGGGGACACACAACCCAAUACUCCUGCACCUGCCCCACCAGCUGAGGAUGGGAUAAAAAUAGAGGAAAACAGCAUCAAAGAUGAAGAGAGCGCAGAAGGAGAAAAGGAGGUUAAAUCUGCAGCAUCUGAGGCUGCUGUUGAGUGUCCACAGCCCCCUGCCCCUGCCGUGGAGGAUGAAAAGGUCCUUGUUGAACCUCCUGAGGGAGAGGAGAAAGUGGAAAAGGCAGAGGUGAAAGAGAGGACAGAGGAACCCAUGGAGACAGAAUCCAAAGGUGUUGCAGAUGUGGAGAAGGUGGAGGAGAAGUCAGCAAUAGAUCUGACUCCCAUUGUGGUGGAGGACAAAGAAGAGAAGAAAGAAGAAGAGGAGAAAAAAGAGGUGAUGCUUCAGAAUGGAGAGACUCCCAAGGACCUGACUGAUGAGAAGCAAAAAAAAAACAUUAAACAGCGUUUCAUGUUCAACAUUGCCGAUGGUGGUUUUACUGAGUUGCACUCCCUUUGGCAGAAUGAAGAGCGUGCAGCCACAGUCACCAAGAAGACUUACGAGAUCUGGCAUCGACGGCAUGACUACUGGUUGCUGGCUGGCAUCAUAAACCAUGGCUAUGCCCGGUGGCAGGACAUCCAGAAUGACCCACGCUAUGCCAUCCUCAAUGAGCCUUUCAAGGGUGAAAUGAACCGUGGAAAUUUCUUAGAGAUCAAGAAUAAAUUUCUAGCACGAAGGUUUAAGCUUCUAGAACAAGCCCUGGUCAUUGAGGAACAGCUUCGGCGGGCAGCUUACCUGAACAUGUCAGAGGACCCUUCUCACCCUUCUAUGGCUCUCAAUACCCGCUUUGCUGAGGUGGAGUGUUUGGCAGAGAGUCAUCAACACCUGUCCAAGGAGUCGAUGGCAGGAAACAAGCCUGCCAAUGCGGUCCUGCACAAAGUUCUGAAACAGCUAGAAGAACUGCUGAGUGACAUGAAAGCUGAUGUGACUCGACUCCCAGCUACUAUUGCCCGAAUUCCCCCAGUUGCUGUGAGGCUACAGAUGUCAGAGCGUAACAUUCUCAGCCGCCUGGCAAACCGAGCGCCUGAACCUACUCCGCAGCAGGUAGCCCAGCAGCAGUGA